CACCUCUGUGUUUCCGGACGUUCAUAGUCAGGUUGAAAGUCUCCAUCCAGCACGAUAGACAAAAAAUAAGAAUAAUUUGGUUGCAAACAGUAGUUGGAGUGCGCCAUCUCACCCUUCCCUGUCUCUGACUCACUUGUAAUGGCAGAACCACGCAGCCUUAUCUCGGCCUCCAUCCCCCAGACACCCCCUGGCAUCAUCAUGCCCCCAGCCGACGGCAGCGGCACAGGGGUGAUGAUGGACCCCAUAGAGUACACCCUACGCAAGCGUCUCCCCAGGAAGCUGCCCAAGCACCGCAACGACGUGUACGUCAACAUGAAGACAGACUUCCGGGCCCAGUUGGCCCGCUGCCAAAAGCUGCUCGAAGGAGGAGGCCACGGAGAGAUUCGUGUCCACGGUCUGGGCCUGGCCAUCAACAGGGCCAUCAACAUUGCCCUGCAGCUCCAGGCCAGUAGCCAGGGGGCGCUACAGCUGGCAGCCAACACGUCUACAGUGGAGCUGCUGGACGAUAUGGAGCCUGAGGAUCCUGACGAGGCGGGGGAACCCAUGGCGCGCUCCCGGAAUAACUCUGCUAUUCAUAUCAAAGUGUUCUACCCAGACUCACAGUGACCCGAAACACAACUAUCGUCCCUAGCUUGGAUAUGGCUAAAUACCUCCAUUGAUGUGUUGUCUGUAAUAUCCUACUGAUGGAGUCGAGUCAUAUAAGGGGUACACCUAUUCCAUCCACCUGCAGUGGCUAAGACUGUCAGUGUUGUUUAGAUGCAGGGAUAAUGAUCUAUCCACUAUUGGAAUCUCUUUCUCAGUUUUGUUACAUAUUUUGUCAUGCAUGAUGUCAGUCAGAGCAGUGCAUUUGUCAGUAUCAAGAGUGUGUUGUUUCAUGGCAUCGUCAUUUCCAGACAAUCCCUUACUGCCUGAAACAAACUCCAAUAGGAAAUGGGACAGACCAGACUAAGACCAACUCAUACAAGCUACAAUACACCUCUUCCACAUGUGGGAAUAUGUUUAAUCUCUGAAAAGGAUGUGGAUUUGAAUCUUUCAUUAAAUGUAUUUGUUACACGUU